AUGUAUAUGAGAAUAUCAGCAGCAACAUUGAAGGUUAAUAUACAAUGUACGAGAAUUGGAGCCAGGGCUAGGAUCGGAGCUAGAAACAGACCAUACUUCAAUCAAAGUCUGGGGAUCAAGAUCACCCAAAGACUGUUCCAUGCAUCUCUGAGAAAGCUCAUUGAUUACGAUCCAUACCAGACUCUUGGUAUUGACAAAUCAGCCGAUGCAAAACAGAUCAAAAAGGCAUACUAUGACUUGGUGAAGAAAUACCAUCCUGAUGUCAAUAAGGAGAAAGGUGUAGAGAAACGAUUCCACAAGAUCCAACAGAGUUAUGAGAUACUUCGAGACAAGGAGAAAAAAGCCCAAUACGACCAAUUCGGUAAAGGUGCUUUUGAUGAAAAUGGAAACCCAAGUCCGUUUGGUGGCGCUCAGGGCCAGAACCCUUUUGGUGGUGGUGGUGGCGGAGGCAACCCAUUUGCCGGAUUUGGUGGUGGUGCCAGUGGAGGAGGCAACCCAUUUGGAAAUAUGGGAUUUGAUUUUGAAGAUUUGUUUAGAGAAGCUUUUACCGGUGGAAGAGGUGGUGCAGGCAGAGGUACGGGAGGCAGCAGAGCCCACUUUGUUACAGAGCAUGUUGGAGAUAACGUUGAGGUGCUCAAGCAAAUACCAUUUAAGGAAAGUAUUUUCGGUGGCCAGGCUACCAUCAACUAUAAAGUGCUAGACUCGUGUAAUACUUGUAAAGGAAGUGGAUUAAAAGACGGUGCUAAGAAAAAGACAUGUCCAACAUGUCAUGGAAGUGGUCAAACUUCGCAUGUUAUGGGUGGAUUCCAUAUGGCCUCUACAUGUCCAACUUGUCAGGGUGCUGGUGUAACAAUCCCUAGAGCAGAUGAGUGUGGUACAUGUCACGGCAAUGGAGUUCAGGAAACACCCAAAUCAACCACCAUCGACAUCCCACCUGGUAUUGCGAAUGGAUCUAGAAUUAGAAUCCCUGGUGCAGGAGAUGCUCCAUAUGUAGCAAAAGAUGAGUACAACCAGACACGUAAUGGUGAUUUGAUUGUGCGAAUAAACGUUGAAAAAGAUCCGGUCUUUAAGCGUGAAAACAAUAACUUGGUUGUCGAAAAGGAGAUUAUGAUGACCACUGCAUCAUUGGGUGGUGAGAUCAUUGUACCGACUAUCGAUGGACAAAAGAUUAAGCUCAAGAUUAGACCUGGUGUCCAAAGUGGCCGUAAACUCGUUAUACCUGAAAAGGGAGUACCAAUCAACAGAAAUGUUAAUAAUAGAGGCGAUUUGGAUGUUGUGUUGAACGUCAAGACUUUGGUUCCAGAAACACCAACACAAACGGCAUUGCUCGAAGCAUUGGCCGAUGCCUUUGACGACAAGAAUGCAAAGAGAACAGAUGCAGACUGGCAGUUGGAGUUGGAUCCAGAUGCAAAGACGGAGAAGCUACACGAAAUAGAUGAAAAGGAUUUGCACCCUUCAAAAUUGGCAAGGAUUGGAAAAGUUUUGGGCAAGUUUUUAAACUUUGACAGUAAUGGCAAAUCUAAAGAUGGUAAUGCCUGA